AAACAAUGGGCUUUUAUUGAAUGAAGAUUUUCAAGCAAAGAUCUUUAAAAAUUUUAACUUUUAUAUAAAAACCAUUGAUUUAAUUAUAUUAAUUGUUUUAAAAAGUGUUAUUAUAUGUUCUCGCGCGCAAUAUUUUCAAUAAUCGUAAUUAAUUUCACAUUGUUUAAGGAAUAUCGACAUGCCAUGAAGCAUUUCUAACCUUCAUUUUGGUAUUCUAUCAUUAACUUUUUAUGCAAGUGUAAACGUAUAUUCUUUCGAUAUAAUUAUUAAUAUAAAAAUGACUGUAUGGGAAAGAUUGCGAAAUCCUUGUGGUUGGAGAGCUGGAGCUAAACAAAUUUCAGUCGAUGCAAUGAUACCGAUAUUUGCAGUCCCAACAUUGGCAGUAAUAGCCGCACAAACAGUAUUAUGUACUGUAAUUAUAUUUGUCGCAACACCGAUAUUAGUAUAUUAUUUACAUCACAAUUUUCUGAGAUUUUUACUUCGUACUAAAUUUUUUCUAAUGUGGACUAUUACAAGUGUAAUCAUGUUAAUGUUAAUCUUUGAAAUUAGUGUUGUACCGUUAUUAGAGAUCUUGCUAGAAGAGAAUCUAGUGUUCAUAAUGUGUGUAGUGGGUGGUAUAUGGUGCGGCUACAUGACUAGAUUAAAUGCAGAUUCUGCAACUCAAGAAGCUACUUUAACCCAAGGAUUAGAAUUAGGUGAAGGAAGCGGAGAACUUUGUAUUACAUGUAGAAGAAGAGCACCUCCUAAAGCGCAUCAUUGUCGAAUGUGUCAGACAUGUAUUUUGAAUAGAGAAUAUCAUUGUAAAUGGUUGGAUUGCUGUAUAGGUUCAAGCAAUUUAAAAUGGUACUUGGGAUGUUUAUUCUUCUCAGCCAUAGCUUUUAUUUAUGGUUCGAAUUUAACCAUGACUAGUGUAUGCCAUCCAUUUAUACUUAUUGGCACUGUUCUUUUGCCAGAUGAUUGUAGUGAUGUAUAUUAUCAAUUAGACAUUGCCCUUUGCUUCAUUUCGGCACUCUACAGCCUACUUGUUGGAUUAGUGGUAGUUUGUUAUUUAAUAUAUCAUCUUUGGUUAAUCUACCUUGGUACAACAUCGAAUGAGCGACGUCUUCUGGAAGCUGGAAGUCCAUACGACCAUGGAAUGUUGAAAAAUGUAUCUCGUUUAUUUUGCUGCAAAACUUAGAUAUUAAAUAUAUACUAAAUUAAAAAAGUUACUUUGGAAGGUGAUACUUUUCAUUAAAUGCUAAAGAUAUUAGAAAAAUUGAAAUAAUAAGAUCACCAGACAGGCAUAGUGGUAUGUGAAAACAGAAAAUACAUAUUCAUAUUAAUUUCGACUUUAACAUACUUCAAUACUCAGCCUUGUCUUUAUCUUAUAUUAAUUAAAUAUUUUUAAACUAUUGCUCAUGAUAUUAAACUUAAUAAAAACAUAUCACGAUAUAAAAGCGCUGAUCUCAAUUAUAUUAUUAUAUUAUAGUUUUAAUUAUUUUUAUUUUGCUAUUACGCGCAUCAUUUGUAUAUUUAUUAUAACUGUGAUAAAAUGGCCAUUGUACUUAACUAAUGCAAUAUAUAAAUUAUAUUAAUUAUGUGUAAUAUAAGAUUUUGAACAUAAAUUAAGUAUGAUAUAAA